AUGAGAAACUUCACACAGGUGUCAUAUUUCACCCUGGGUGCCUACUUCGACACCGGUGUCUUGAAAUACUUAUACUUUGUGAUUGUUCUGGUUCUUUUUGUGUGUAUCAUCAGUGCUAACGUGUUCCUCAUCGUGGUCAUCUGCAUGAACAGAAGCCUCCAUGAGCCCAUGUACAUGUUUCUGGUCAGCCUGUUUGCUAACGAGCUGUACGGUAGCAUGGGGUUGUUCCCAUUACUGCUGGUUCAGAUCCUCGCUGACGUUCACACUGUUUCUUACACGUUCUGUUUCCUGCAGGUUUUCUGUCUGUAUUCAUACGGAGGUAUAGAAAUUCUGACUUUAGCCAUCAUGUCCUACGACCGAUAUCUCGCCAUCUGUUAUCCUCUGCAAUAUAACACACGUAUGACAUUUAAUAAGAUCGCAGCGCUCACUGCUCUGAUAUGGCUCUACCCUUUGUUCAUCAACAUUGUUCUGAUAUACGGGAUGACCGGCAGCCUGCUGCUGUGUAGGAACAUCAUCAACAAAGUGUACUGUGACAACCACUACAUCGUGAGGCUGGCCUGCUCCGACACCACCAUCAACAACGCCAUCGGACUCGCCCACAUGUUCACCGUCAUCUUUGGUCUCAUCCUGCUGAUCCUCUACUCCUACGUGAGGAUCCUUAAAGUGUGUUUUUCUGGCUGCAAACAGACCAGACAGAAAGCCGUCAGCACCUGCACGCCUCACCUGGCGUCUCUGUUCAACUUCUCCUGCGGCUGUUUCUUUGAGAUCGUGCAGGCCCGGUUUAAUCCGACCCACCUGCAGAACUUGGUGCGUAUCUUCCUGUCGCUGUACUGGCUCACCUGUCAGCCACUGGUCAGCCCGCUGGUGUACGGCCUGAAUCUGUCCAAAAUACGCAUCAUGUGUAAAACUCUGCUCUUUGGGAGGAAAGUGUGA